GCUGCCCGGGCCAUGGAGAAGUUCGGGAUGAGCUUCGGGGGCGGCCCCAGCAGGAAGGACCUGCUGGACACCAUCGAGGCGCAGAAGCAGCAGCUGCUGCGGUACCAGGCGCGGCUCAAGGACGUGGUGCUGGCCUACAAGAGCCUGCUCAAGGAGAAGGAGGCGCUGGAGGCCAGCCUGAAGGUGCUCUCCGUGUCCCACGAGGGCCAUCUCCCGGCGCCCGGCCCCGGGGAGCCCCCGGAUGACCAGAGCUCCGAGCACAGCGAGGACAGCGCGGGCACGGCCGCCAGCGCCGACACCGCGGCCAGCGGGGCCAGCAGGGACACUGCGGCCAGCGGGGCCAGCAGGGACACGGCGGCCAGCGGGACCAGUGUGAGCAGCCCCACGGGGGACGGCACGGCCGGCGCGAGCGGCAGCACCGGGGACGCCGCGGGCGGCGUGAGCUGCGCCGGGGCGGACGCGGGGCCCGAGGAGGACAGACCCGCGGCCCACAGGGCCGAGGAGCCUCCCGGCCCCGAGGGGGACCUCGGCGAGUCCGAGCGGAGGCUCCUGCAGCUGAAGGCCCAGCUGGCCACCCUGACGGGCGCCCUGGCCACGGUGACGCAGGAGAAGUCGCGCAUGGAGGCCUCGUACCAGGCGGACAAGCGGCAGAUGCGGCAGGAGCUGGAGGAGGCGGCGCGGCGGGCGCGGGCCGAGGCGGAGCGGCUGGCGCUGGAGCUGGGGGGGCUGCGGGAGCAGCUGGCCGAGACCAAGGCCCGGCUGAUCACGCAGCAGCACGAGCGGGCGCGCGAGCAGGGCGACCACGCCGAGAUGCUGCGGGAGCUGCAGGAGCUGCUGCGCGCGGAGCGGGAGCUGCGCCGGGACGCGGAGCUGCGGCUGGAGCAGGGCCGGGACGCGCCCGCCGGCAGGGCCGGGCCGCCCGAGCGGGCGCAGGGCCACGAGCAGCACGUGCGGCAGCUGAGCCAGGAGCUGGAGGAGCUCAAGAGGGAGCUGCAGGGCGUGCGGGAGGAGAACAGCAAGGCCGACCCCCGCAUCCAGCAGCUCCAGGAGGAGAUGGCCGGGCUCAAGAACCACUUCCAGGUGCAGCUGGUGCAGGAGAUGAAGAAGACCGCCCAGGCCGAGGAGCAGCUCCGGCACCGCGCGCAGAUGGAGGAGCGGCGCGUGGCCGACCUGGAGGCUCAGGUGUCCCAGGCGUCCGAGCUGCUGGGCACCUACGAGAAGGCCAAGCAGAAGGACCAGCAGGUCAUCCAGAAGCUCAAGGACCGCAUCGUGCAGCUGGACCUGGAGAACAAGACCUUGGCCAUCGCCGCCUCCAGCCGGGCCCCGGGGGACGUCCACGGCGAGGAGGCCAACCUGGACGUGAACGUGCUCAAGGACAAGAUGGAGAAGCUGAAGAAGCUCCUGCAGGCGGCCACCGGGAAGAGCCAGGCGGACGUGGAGGAGCCGUGCGAGCCGGAGCUGCCCAGGGGCUCCGGGGACGGCGAGAAGGCCACGGCCGGGUACUACCAGCAGGAACUGAGGCAGCUGAAGGAGGAGUUCGAGCGCUACAAGGUGAGGGCCCAGCUGGUCCUGAAGAACAAGUCCAGCAAGGACAUCAACCUGGCCAAGGAGCUGGAGGAGGCCCAGGAGCAGCUGGGGGAGCUCAAGGAGAAGUACGUGGCGCUCCAGCUGGCCUCGGACGACGCGGAGCGGCGGCACCGGCAGGACGCGGAGGCCAAGAGGCAGGAGCUGUCCCAGCUGCAGCAGCGGCACCGGCAGGAGCUGGAGAGGUGCCAGCUGGAGUACCGGGAGCGGGCGCUGCGCCUGGAGGAGGAGAUGCACAAGCAGCGGGAGCGGGCGCUGGCCGUGCUGGCCGAGAAGGACCAGGAGCUGGAGCGCCUGCGGGCCCUGGCGCUGCCCCACGCGCCGCCCCACGCGCUCCAGGCCCCCCAGAGCUCCCCGGACGGCCCCUGCGGCGACUCCCCCGGCCUCGGCUCCUCCGAGGCUCUCCCCCAGGGCCUCCCCCUGCCCUCGGGCUCCGAGCCCACGCUGUUCCUGUACGCGGAGCAGCUGGCGCGCAAGGAGGUGGAGGUGGCGGCGCUGCGCAGGCACCGGCACGGCCUGGAGGGGCAGCUGCACCGGCUCAGGGAGGAGGCCCUGGCCGAGCAGGAGAGGCACCGCGAGGAGGUGGCGGCGCUGCAGGACCAGAUCCAGAAGAACGUCCGGGACAGGAGCAGGGAAGGGGCCAACCUGGAGUACCUGAAGAACGUGGUGUACCGGUUCCUGACGCUGCCCGACGCGCGGGGCCGGCAGCAGACGCUCACGGCCAUCCUCACCAUCCUGCACUUCAGCCCCGAGGAGAAGGAGGACGUCGCCAGGCGCUCGGCCCAGGGCAGCUGGUGGCUCCAGGGGAAGAGAUGAGGGGGCAGCUCUUACUCCCUUGUCCCUAAGAACAUCCUGGUGAUCGACCAAAACCACUUUGCUCGUGGUGAAACCUCCUCCCGGCCGUGCCCAGAGCUCCCGGUCACAAUCUGGGCUUGAACCGGUGUUUUUAGCACCAACUUGCAGAGGAAUUGUGCCAACUCUUCCAGCCCUGGUGUGGGAAUUUGCUCUGAGUUGGGUCUUGGUUUAAAACCCCUGGAAUUGAGGAUCCUGAUGCUUUUUUAAAGAGGGUUUUAAGAUGACCCCAACCUGUCAGGCGUGGGUUAGGGUGGAACUCACUUGGAUCUUCAAACUCCAGCCGGGCUCAUGACUCAGAAGAUUAAAAGGAGGGUGGGAAGCACUUUAGAUGGAGCUAAAAUAGCACCAGACCAUGAGAGGCUCAAAGGAUGAGGUUUAAUGCAGAAAAUCUUGAGUGUUUUCUCCAACGUUUCUUCUCCAGAGCCAAUUUAACUGUGGCUGCAGCCCCAGGCCCCUCCCAGGGCUCAGCUGUGCUCUCCUUCCUGCCCAGGAUCCUUGGGAAUUCUCAGUGAUUCCAGGAUGGAGAAAGGAUCUCCUGGAUGUUGAAGUGGUGGCAGCACUGUGGUGGUGCCAGGGAUGAUUCCCCACCCCAAGGUGCCACGUGGCUGAGCAGGAAUUGGAGCUGCCUGACCCCGUUUGGGAGCAGGAAGCAGAGGAAAGGCUGGAAUGGGUGCCCUGCUCCUUGUUUUUGGGAGUUCCAGGGAAGUUUUGCUGCUGUGCAGUGCUGGUUUUGGAAGGAAGGCCCCGUUCCUGCUGGGAUGGAGCAGUGGGGGGCAGGGGGUGGCAGGUCCGGGCAGUGCCUGCAGGGACCUGGAGGUUCUUCCCUAAUUUCCAUGGGAACUGGUGAAAGAAGGAAGCCAGGACAUCCUGAAACCCGCUCCCUGAGCCCCAGGAGGGAUGUUUUGCUGGUGGGCCUGGAACAGGCUCUUCCCAGCUCUGCUCAGCUGGAGCUCCCAAACUUUCCCAUCUGCGCAGGCCAAACGUCCCCGUGGUGUUGUUUUCCUGCCCCUUGUUUGGAGUUAAACCUUGGCUACCAAAGCUCAGCUUCCCUGGCCCAGAGUACAGGGAUGAGUCUGGAUUAACCCCCCCGGGAGGGCCUGGAGUUAAAAGCAGGUCGGGGGAGCAGCUCCUGGUGCUGCCCUGCCCAGGGGGGCCUUGGGAAGGGCAGCAAACCCCAAUUCCAUGGCAGGAUCCUGCCCUGCCCUUGGGGCUGGAGCCCUGGGAGCUGCAGGAGCAGCAGUGUGGAGCAGGGAUGUGCUGUGUCCCCUCACAGCUCAGGGAAGGGCCCGGGUGUUCCCUGUCCCUGGGCUGGGAAAGGAGGGGGUGCCAUGUCCCCAGGGGGACAGACUGGGGGUCUCCCAUGUCCCCAGCCCAUCCCAGGGGACCCACCAGUGGCCUGGGACAGGGAUCCUGGGGUGCUGCAGCCACCCUGGCGCUUCCAGGGGGAGGGACCCUGGGGUGCAACAUCCCUCCUUGCCUCCUUAGCUGUCCUGGUCCUGCCAGCAGCCAGAUCCCCUGGAUUCCCAGUAACUCAGCCCUCGGUGCCAAUUUCUCCUCAAAAGAGUCCUCAGGGAAAACGUGCCCUGGGCAGAACCUGUCCCUGCUGGUGGGAUCCAGGUGCUGCUGGGAUGGAGGGAACUGGAUGGGAAAGGGACAGUUUGUCCCAGGAGUGUUUGAAACGUUUCCCAAGGGUGCAAGUGUUGGCUCAGCCAGGGAAGAGCCUGGACCCUGCUCCCAGUUUGGAAAGGUUGAAUUAAGUGGUGCCUCUGGAAUAACAGGGAUGGCUCCAGCUCUCACCCUGGAGCCAUUCCCACAACACCAGAGGGAGAUGGUGCCUCCUGCUUCGGCUUUGCUGCUCAGGCUGAGGGGAUGAUCCCUGUUCUCCCUCUGCCUCGUGCUCUCCUGGAGGAUGAAGAGACCUGGAAUGGAUCCCAGGUGUGGUGGGGAUCAAUGUGGGAUCCAGCUGGGAGGAGAGGAACGAGGUGGGAUCCAUCUGGGAGACAGGGAUCAGUGUGGGGUCCCAGAUGGGAGCAGGGGAACAAGGUGGGAUCCAGUUGGGAGCACAGAGAUCCACUGUCCAUGGGUCCCCUGAUCCCUCCGUACCUGAUGGAGGAGAACAGGGAAGCAGCUCCCAGGAGCACAUCCAGGAGCUGCCAAACGAGUGCCCUGUGUCACUGUCACCCUCCUCAGCUCUCCUGCUGCAAUUCUUCUCCUGCUCCCUCCAGCCCCUCUCCUUCCUCCUCCUCCUCCUCCUCCCUCCCUCAGACCUUCCCUCCCAUCCCUCCCUCCCUCUUCCCUCUUCCUUCAGCCAAUAUCCCUGAAAUAAAGGUAAAUCCCUGUUUGA